UAUAUGGACAACUCACUUCAUCUUCCGGCCAGACGACUUGUCUCUGUUCCUACCAGCUCGGGUAGGCCGCAAGUGUGUGUCGGACUAGUGAUGGGCUGUCUGCCCGCUUCUUCUCUCACUUCGUUUCUUCACAUCUCCAACCUUUUCCUCCUCCGCUCUCUGCAGCUUCUAUUUCGAUUGUCUCUUGAAAUUAAAGAUGUCUCAAAAAUCAGCCCUUUAUGAAC